AUGUUAUCACGAAUAUCCAGCGCUUUGGGGUGUGGAGACAAAGAUUUAUCUGAUGAUUAUUUACCUGAAGAUAGUUGGCUAUCAGCAAGUGCUGAGGCUACUCCUUUCUUUGUAGUCCCUACACCAUCCUUACAGGAUGUCCUGCAAAAAAUUGGAAUUAGUCGAUGCAAAAAUGCACCUGAUUCCGAGUUUGACCUCCCUAAUGAUGACAUUUUGAUACUGUUUGGUCCCCCAGCAACGGCUUUUCAGAUACUUUUGUUCACUCCUUGUUUAUGCUGUGUUUUGACAGAUUUAAUAUUGGAACUAGUUGCCAACCAUUCUGCUUAUUCGGAGCAACUUCUUAAACAAUUUCGACAACCUAUUGGACUGGGUGCAUUAUUUAGUACCAAACAAACCUUUUCUGAUAUAUCUACACGUCUGAUAGAGUUAUUUCAAAUUGCUGAAGAACCGAGGGUCCAAGCAAAAAUUUUGGAAAUUCUUCCUGAUCUAGCAUCUUCACCUUGUUCUUCAGGGUGUAUACUGAGUGAUGAAGAUAGGUCUUUACUUGUUUUGCAGCUCAUCGACUUAUUUGACACAAUAUCUCUUGAGAAUCAACGCAGUUCACCAAAAGAAUGUAAUGCAAUUGUUUGUCUCAUUGAAUGUUUAACAAGCUUUUCGGUUCAAGGCGAGCUAACGGACCGACUAUAUACUGCUUGCUUUGAUCUUCUUGAUCGUUGUGGUGGCCGUGAUUUUUACUUUGAUUAUCUCCCUGUAAUAACUCGUUGUCUUCUUAUCAAUGGACCAGCUGUACCACAGACGUCAACUGAAUUAUCGAAGCUUGUUACACGGUUGCGUACCUUUUUUACUUUUGCUAAAUCAGGUUCGUUUGGUUCCACAGAUUCAAUUAAUUCUACACUUGUUGACCUCUUGCGAGUUGCGUUUCAGUUUAACCGAAAUAUCACAUCUGAAUGGGUACGUGUAAUUGGUCUGACGUGUCACACGUCAAAUUCUCCCUGUGACAAUACCGGUGAUUCUAGAUUGCAGAAUCAGGCCGUGCAAGAUUUUAUUGUUCUAUGCGUAGUUCUUAGUACCCCAACAAUGACAGCUCUUAAGAGUGGUGGCAGCUUAAGUUUACCUUCAGGUGAAUCUUUAAUCAAUGCUUAUUGUUCUUCUGAUUCAUCACACUACAAACGGUUGAAGAAAGAAGUCGUUUCUCUUGUCCGUCGUCUUUUAACAACUGAGAGACUCUUUUCGUUCAAUAAUAUCAAUGGUGAUAUUGAAAGAUUUUUAAUAGACUAUGGAGAAUUGCUAUUUUCUAGACACACUCGUCUCUUCCCAUCAUUUUCAUUUAUUAUAAACCAACUUAUCACAUCAGGAGAUACAUUGGUCUAUCUUUAUACAUGA